AUGUCACUGCAGAUGAUAACAGUCAAUAAUAACAUAGCCUUAAUUCAACCGGGCUUUUCAUUGAUGAAUUUUGAUGGGCAAGUUUUCUUCUUUGGCCAAAAAGGCUGGCCCAGGAGAUCCUGCCCUACUGGAGUUUUUCAUUUUGAUGUAAAGCAUAACAAUCUCAGACUGAAGCCUGCAGCUUUCUCUAAGGAUUCCUGUUACCUUCCUCCUCUUCGCUACCCAGCCACUUGUACAUUCAAAAGCAGCUUGGAGUCUGAUAAGCAGCAGUAUAUCAUCCAUGGAGGAAAAACACCAAACAAUGAGCUUUCAGAUAAGAUUUAUGUCAUGUCUGUUGUUUGCAAGAACAACAAAAAAGUUACUUUUCAGUGCACGGAGAAAGACUUGGUAGGAGACGUUCCUGAAGCCAGAUAUGGUCAUUCCAUUGAUGUGGUGUAUAGUCGAGGGAAAAGUAUGGGUGUUCUCUUUGGAGGACGGUCUUACAUGCCUCCUACCCAAAGAACCACAGAAAAAUGGAAUAGUGUAGCUGACUGCCUGCCUCAUGUUUUCCUGGUGGAUUUUGAAUUUGGGUGUGCUACGUCAUACAUUCUUCCAGAACUUCAAGAUGGGCUAUCUUUUCAUGUCUCCAUUGCCAGGAAUGAUACCAUUUAUAUUUUAGGAGGACAUUCACUUGCCAACAACAUCCGCCCUGCCAAUCUAUACAGAAUAAGGGUUGAUCUCCCCCUGGGUAGCCCAGCUGUGAAUUGCACUGUCUUGCCAGGGGGAAUCUCUGUCUCUAGUGGAAUCCUAACUCAAACUAAUAAUGACGAAUUUGUUAUUGUUGGUGGCUAUCAGCAUGAAAAUCAAAAAAGAAUGGUCUGCAACAUCAUCUGUUUAGAGGACAAUAAGAUAGAAAUCCGUGAGAUGGAGACCCCAGAUUGGACCCCAGAUAUUAAGCACAGCAAGAUAUGGUUUGGAAGCAACAUGGGAAAUGGAAUUGUUUUUCUUGGCAUACCGGGAGACAACAAACAGGCUGUUUCAGAAGCAUUCUAUUUCUAUAUGUUGAAAUGCACUGAAGAUGAUGUGAAUGAAAAUCAGAAAACAUUUACAAACAGUCAGACAUCAACAGAUGAUCCAGGGGACUCGACUCCCUUUGAAGACUCAGAAGAAUUUUGUUUCAGUACAGAAGCAAAUAGUUUUGAUGGCAAUGAUGAAUUUGACACCUAUAAUGAAGAUGAUGAGGAAGAUGAGUCUGAGACAGGCUACUGGAUUACUUGCUGCCCUACUUGUGAUGUGGAUAUCAACACUUGGGUACCAUUCUAUUCAACUGAGCUCAACAAACCUGCCAUGAUCUACUGCUCUCAUGGAGAUGGGCACUGGGUCCAUGCCCAGUGCAUGGAUCUGGCAGAACGCACGCUCAUCCAUCUGUCAGAAGGAAGCAACAAGUAUUAUUGCAAUGAGCAUGUGGAAAUAGCAAGAGCACUACAAACUCCCAAAAGAGUCCUACCCUUAAAAAAGCCUCCAAUGAAAUCCCUCCGCAAAAAAGGUUCUGGGAAAAUCUUGACUCCUGCCAAGAAAUCCUUUCUUAGAAGAUUGUUUGAUUAG